CGUAACUUCCUAUUUCCAAAUUUGGCUCAGAAGAAUGUCAACAAAUGGUCACAUAUUUUACUUACAAAAUGAUUUACUUUAACUCCAUUUUACACUGAGAAGUUUAAGUUCAAUAUAUGCCAAACCCAGAUGAUGAUUACUACACGUCUUUUUCAAAUUCAUCAGUAGAAUCGUGAAAUCUUAUUUGUUUAUUUGGGUCGGGAUAAUCAGAUCAUUUUUUACAGAGGAAGUUUAAACAAAUAUUAAUCAAAAUAAUAUUUAAAAAGACAGGAAGAUUCAUAAAAACUCCAGGAUAAUCUUUAUAUUUGACUAGAAUCCAGAGACGUUUUUCCUUCUAUUGAUUAUCGAUUUCAACAUAAAAAUGAUGCCCAUAAACAUCAAAAGUUUAUUAAAUUAAAGGAAUGCCAAACAAUAACUUUCUGUAAAGUAGGAUUAGCAUCAUUAAUCAGAUGAACAACAAAAUGGAGAGAGCUGCUUCUCCUGCCAGACUUGCCUACACAUCAGAUAAACAUCCUAGACAUACAUUAGAAUCAAUUAAUGUCUUAAGGAAACACAGAGAACUAUGUGAUGUUGUCCUUAUUGUUGGUCAAAGGAAAAUAUUUGCUCAUCGUGUGAUACUUUCUGCGUGCAGUCCAUAUUUUCAUGCCAUGUUUACAGGAGAACUUGCUGAGAGUAGACAGACAGAAGUGACAAUUAGAGACAUUGAUGAGGCAGCUAUGGAACUCCUCAUUGACUUUUGUUACACAUCCAACAUAACAGUGGAAGAAAGUAAUGUACAAACACUAUUGCCAGCAGCUUGUUUAUUACAGCUAGCUGAAAUACAAGACGUUUGUUGUGAAUUUCUCAAGAGACAAUUAGAUCCCUCAAAUUGUCUUGGUAUAAGAGCAUUUGCUGAUACACAUGCAUGUAGAGAUUUGUUACGGAUAGCAGAUAAAUUUACUCAACAUAAUUUUCAAGAGGUAAUGGAAAGUGAAGAAUUUAUGCUUUUACCAGUGAACCAGUUAGUGGAUAUAAUAUCUAGUGACGAAUUAAAUGUAGGAUCAGAGGAACAAGUUUUUAAUGCUGUCAUGUCCUGGGUGAAAUACAACACACAGGAACGAAGAUGUCACCUACCUACUGUCACACAACAUGUUAGAUUACCCCUAAUGAGUCCAAAGUUUUUAGUUGGGACAGUUGGUUCAGACAUUUUAAUAAAGAGUGAUGAAUCCUGUAGAGAUCUUGUUGAUGAAGCCAAAAAUUAUCUGUUAUUGCCACAAGAAAGACCAUUGAUGCAAGGACCAAGAACAAGACCAAGAAAACCAAUUAGAUGUGGAGAAGUACUCUUUGCAGUUGGAGGUUGGUGCAGUGGUGAUGCAAUUUCAAGUGUUGAACGUUAUGAUCCUCAAACAAAUGAAUGGCGGAUGGUUGCACCAAUGAGUAAACGGAGAUGUGGAGUGGGUGUAACAGUACUAAAUGAUCUAUUGUAUGCAGUUGGAGGACAUGAUGGACAGUCAUAUUUAAAUAGCAUUGAAAGAUUUGAUCCCCAGACAAAUCAGUGGAGUGGUGAGGUAGCUCCUACUAGUUCCUGUAGAACAAGUGUGGGUGUGGCAGUCUUAGAUGGAUAUAUGUAUGCUGUUGGGGGUCAGGACGGGGUAUCAUGUCUCAAUUUUGUUGAAAGAUAUGACCCUCAAUUAAAUAAAUGGGCUAAGGUAGCCUCAAUGAGUACAAGAAGAUUAGGAGUAGGUGUAGCUGUACUGAUGGGCUACCUCUAUGCUGUAGGAGGAAGUGAUGGGACCUCACCUUUAAAUACAGUUGAACGUUAUGAUCCAAGAACCAAUCGUUGGACACCUGUUGCUCCCAUGGGAACAAGACGUAAACACCUAGGUGUAGCAGUGUAUAAUAAUAUGAUAUAUGCUGUUGGAGGCAGGGAUGAUACCACAGAAUUGAGUAGUGCUGAAAGAUAUAAUCCACAUUCUAAUACAUGGCAACCUGUUGUUGCUAUGACCUCUAGAAGAAGUGGGGUUGGUUUAGCAGUAGUAAAUGGGCAGCUUAUGGCUAUUGGAGGAUUUGAUGGUACAACAUACUUAAAAACAAUAGAAGUUUAUGAUCCUGAAACAAAUAGCUGGAAAUUAUGCGGUGGAAUGAACUAUCGACGGCUUGGAGGAGGUGUAGGUGUGGUUAGAAUGCCACAGAAUGAAUCUCAUUUAUGGUGAUGCGUAGCUAACAAAAUGACAGACUUUCAACACACAGUACAAGGUCUAAAAAUUUGAAUACACAGUUUUAUUCUAGUAGAAAAAAAAUCUACAUUAUCGAAUAAGUUUCUUGGUGCCGCAUUUGUAUUAAAUUGCAUUUAUUUGAAUUAAUUCUAAAAUAUUUGUAAUUUGUAUUUUUACCAUACUGACAUUCUAUAAGAAGUCUAUAAUAGGAUACUACUAGAUAUUUUGCAUUUUGUAAUUUUACCACUUGCAUCCUCUUCAUUCGAACAGGAAUAUUCCAUACAUUGUUUUGUUUUUUUGGUAAAUGAUCUAACAUUCUUAAAGAUUGUGAGUAUUGUUUUGUAUUAAUAUGCUUGAGGUAUACAUUUGAAUAUAUUGCAUAGUAAACUUGAAGAACCUGUCACAGAGUGUUUGAUGCAUAUACUGUUUCCCCUAUACUCCUCAUUAUAUCUAACAUGAACACACCAAUUGUUAAGUUGUUUUUAUGCCCCACCUACGAUAGUAGAGGGGCAUUAUGUUUUCUGGUCUGUGCGUCUGUUCGUCCGUCCGUUCGUCCGUCUGUCCCGACUCAGGUUAAAGUUUUUGGUCAAGGUAGUUUUUGAUGAAAUGAAGUCCAAUCGACUUCAAACUUAGUACACAUGUUGCCUAUGAUAUGAUCUUUCUAAUUUUAAUGCCAAAUUAGAGAUUUUACCCCAAUUUCACGGUCCACUGAACAUAGAAAAUGAUUAUGCGAGUGGGGCAUUCAUGUACUGAGGACACAUUCUUGUUUUCAGUGUCCAAUUAAGUUGUUUGUUUUGUUUCAUUUUUCGUUUAGGUAUAGUUUGUAAGAAUCCAGUGUUCCCAAUAAAUGUCAAUUGAUAUUUUUGUCUGCAUUCAGUAUUAAAGUUGCAGAUCAACUAGGGGCUAAUGAACCCUAAAUAUUAUGUUCUUCAGUUUUUUUUACACACCCAACCAAUCUAUAUGCUUUUGAUUAAAUGCCUUCUAAAUAUUUCAUUUUAUUUUACACACAUUAAGGAUGUAUCAUGUGCCCAUGGCGCAGGUACUUGUUUUCUUUUUCUUUCUUUCAAAAAGUAUGUAUCAAGAUUGUUUAAAGGCAUAUUUUAACAAGAACCAGAUAUUUGUGUCAAGUUAUGGUUACUUGAUGCUGUCUUGUAGGUUUUUUGUUGUCUUAUUUGUUUUAUAUCAUUAUUGGGCAUUAAUAACAUACGUAUGUAUGAUAUUUAUUAUAAGGUUAUAAUUUUCUUUUGAUAGAUUAAAUGAAUAAAUGAUAAGAGAAAAAUGUAGAUGUAAAACUUAUUAUAUGCUGUUCAUUUAAGGUUUAAGUUUUAUUUCAUCUAUUUAAUGAACUUAAUAGUUUCAGAUAAUUUAUAUAAAUAAUGUUUUUUUUAUGAAAGAAAAGGCACCACAUUAAUCACAUUGCUAUUAAUACAUGUAUCAGCAUUCUGUGUAGUUUUGUAAAUUCAGAAAUUGAUAUAUAUAAUUCAUGCUUAGUUAGUCAUUUGUUAGUGCAAAUCUGUGAUGUUUUAUUUAUUUUGUGUUGGGGGCAUACAAUACAGGUUCCUUUAGUAUUUGUUUUACUACAAUUUGCAAACAAGCUAUCUUUUACCUAGUCAAUUCAAAUAAGUAAUAAAAAGUACAGCUUCAUUGGCUACUUUAAAAGAUAAAUGGGGUUGAAAUUUUAGACAUUUGCUAAACAUUUCAGUUUCUUGGAAAUUUCUAGCCUUUGGACAGACAUACCUAAAUUUUUUGUUAUUAACACUGUUAACAAGAAAAAAUUACGCGACGCAACGCGACACAAAAUAUUGAAAAAUUCAGUUCGUCACGCGUCACCCUGGUGCUAUCCAAAAUUCCUGGGGAGAACACUGAACAGGGUUAUCAAGAAAGGUUAUUUGUUAAAACCUUUUGAAAAUCUUAACAUAAUUAUGUUUUGAAUUUAUGUAACUUUUCGUAAAUUCAUUUAAUUUUUAGAAAAAUGGCAAUGUUUGCUAUAUAUUUAUCUCAAUUAAAAAUUAUAUAUAUCAGUUAUUUUUUCAUAAAAAUUCCUACAAAUAAUCUUCAUACAUAAUCAAGAUAAAUUCCAUAUUUAAAAAGAGGGGUUCAUUUACUGGUUUCAAGCUUAUGAUUAAAAUCAGUUAAAAAAUACUUGUUUUCCUGAUAUGUCACAGUUUUGAAAUUGUGAGAGAACAAACAUUUACGUUAGCAAUAUGAUUAUCUCCCCUGUAACUGUAUUUUAUGCCCUUAAAUUUUGUACUUGCUUGUUUGACUGAUUCAAAGAUGGACAAUAGUUGAAUCAGUCGAUUUGAACACUAAUUAGCUUGGACGGAUUCAAUGGUCAAAAUAGUCGAACAAAAUCAGUUUAGUUUUGGUGUGGAUUUGAUUUGAUAUGAUUUGCAAUGUGGUUUCAUUCAAUCAAUUUAGGCAACUAAACUAAAGUUGUUCAAAUCAUUGUCCUUUUAUGGAUAGUUGUCUCACUAGCAGUUGAAUCACAUCUCCUUAAGUUUUAUAUGAUAUAAAUAAUAUGUUUUUAAGUUGUAUAUACUAUUGAAACUUAAAAUGCACUUUUAAGUUAUUACAUGUAUAAUGAUGAUCCUAUUGUAUUUUUAAUAGCUAUAAAUUUACUAUAUGUAGUAUGUAGGCUAUAUUAAAAUGUGAUAUUUACUUUCCUAAAAAAUUAUUCAUUUUAAAUCAUUAUAUAUAUCAUAGAGUGCUAAAUAUUUAUAUGUUCAAUGUUUUCUUAAAUUUAUGAUUGUUCAUGUAUGUUCUCUGUAAAUAUUUGUAUCUGGCUUUUUUCUCUCCUUUUUUCUUCGAUUACCACUUCCUCCAUAGUGAUGCCGUUUGACGCCACCCCUUUACUCCAUAAUGAAGCCUUUUGACGCCUGUGUAGUACCUCAGUUGAAACCCUUUUUCUACAAAGUGUCUGCUUCAAACUUAAUGAAAUUUGUAUCCAAUGUGAAAAGGAUAUUCAUAGGAAUAUCUGACUUGAAUUUAUUUGACGAAAUAGUUGUUUCUCGCAAUUUGUUUAUACUUUAAAGUAUAUUUUCAACCUUUUAUUGAAAAAUCCUAUGCGAAACAAGUAUGCAAAAAAAAAAAUGUCAAUGGAGGAAAGGGUUAAGAUCCUUUACAAAUUAAAAUAUGAGAAUUGUACUUUAAAAAAGUUCCCAAGUUUUAACAUUGUACAUAUUUUAUAUAAAUAUUGCCUAUUUCAAGUUCAACAGAAAAAUAUUUGCAGUACAACAAAAUAAAAUUAAAUUGAAAGAGGAAAAUUGUACAACCUUUGUGAAGUAAUUCUCUCAAGUUUGUUCUAGUGCUAAGCAAAAUGUAGGGGAUUUUAUGUUAGCAAACUUUAGUGAUGGAAAGACAAAUACUUAAAAUCAACAUGGGUCAUCUCACAAUAAAAGUUAAGUACAUUAUGACAGGUAGGAUUUGGAGAAAUGGAAGCAUACAAUUUACCUCUCGAAUUUAUUCAUUGUAUAAUCUGGACUUGUGCUGUUUGAUUAUUAUCUGCAAUUAUUUCAAAUGGUUGAAGAAAUUUUAAAACUAAAUUAUCAUAGUCUAUAUCUUAGAUCAACUUUUCUUUCGCAUCUAAGAAAUAGCAUGUGAACAGUCUUGACCAAGACCUGGUGUAGAACAAUAAUAAAUGUUUUAUAUACACCUUUAACAUCUUGCUUUGGAUUAUACCAGUUCAAAAUAUAAUUGCAUCAAUGAACUUUUGUAUACCAUUAUUUCAAAUAAUUUGUAUAUUUCCUGUUGCGAACGAACUAUUAUUAUACUACCUUCAUUGUAUUGUUUAGAUUAUAGUUAUGUCUGAUCAAAUCAGAAGUUUUUUUUCAUAAAUUUAUGUUUUCAUAAGAACAGAUUUGUGUCU